AUGAUUUUCAGGUUCUUAAGCUAAAAGUUUCGUGCAAGAUAAAGUUUCCGAUAAUAAUUUGUAUCAUUUUCAAGUUUGCUAGGAGUUGCAAAUUUUUUAUGUCAUGAAAUGAUGCAAAGAGGUGAACAACUUUUCUCUCCAAGAAUGUUGUUAUGAAAUGCUUUUAUUGGCAGCUAUCAGAAUUUUAGUGACAUUCAUGGACAUUCCUUAACUAAUUAUUUAGCUGUUUUGGAGGUGUAGGUUCAUUUGCAAAUUUAUGUGAUUGUGCUUCUGCAAAGUUGAAGUCCAGCUGAGCACCGUCUAAUGAUCUUAAAUUUAAUUGGGAGAUUCUAAUGGUGAAGCCAACAGGAAAAUGAUGGUGGUUUUAGAUUUGUCGGGUGAAGAUAAAUAUGUAGAUGCUAUCAAUUUAGCAUCACCCUAUUCCGUCAAGUAGUUUUCAUCCCAAAAGUAGUCAGCAAAAACAGGAACAGUAAACAGCAAACAGCCCUCUCCAGCUAAGAAAAUCAGCUUUCUGAAACUGGCCCCUUGCAGCCAGGAAGUCUCUUACGGUAGGAAGUGCUGCUCCUAAUCUAGGAAGCAAAGUAGUAGACUAGAAGAAGGCAGGGAAAGCAAUGGUUUCCAAGCAAAGCAAUAUCACAUCAUUCUUCAAGACAGUUAGUUUGGGCAGAAUGAAGUUCCUACUAUGUCAAAACUAGAGGUUGCAGCCUAAUUCAUACCCACCACCAAGGUAAGUUGCUUUUGGUUUCAUAUGAUUUCAUCAAGGCAUUUGAAAUGUCUUUUUUGUGUCUUAGUUUUGAUCCGCUAAUGCUUUUAUACAUCUUGAGGAGCAAAGGACUGAUGUUUAUGGGAGAUUCAGUGUAGAGAACCAGUUUGAGGAAAUGGCUUGUUUGGUACAAUGCAUGAUUCCUGAGGAGAAAAAAAUUCUUUCAUAGAAUUCCUCUUUUGAAGAUCUUCAAAGCUGAGGAAUAUAAUGCAUCAACUGAGUACUACUGGGAGCCCAUCAUACUAGAGUCUAAUUCAAACCAUGCAACAAAUCACUGUUCGGAGACAGUUGGUGAACCUUGAUGCCGUAGCCAAAUUAUGGCAAGAACUAGGAAGGAGUUAAUGUGAGGUUUGAGAGCUAUAUCAGUCUAAGAUUGAUGCUAAUAUGUAAGUAUUCAGUUUUCCAUCAAAGGCUUUUUGUUCCAUUCAAAUUCUUCUAGUUUUUUCCUUUUUUUUUUAGCAAAAAUUCUUCUGGAUUUUGUGUUGCAAGCUCCAGUUUUUAAUUUGAGCAUACAUUCUGAAAUCCAAUAGAUUGCCCUUUCUUCCUUCCUGGGUUUCGGGUUUUUUGUUUUCAGCUAUGGAACCCCAGGGCCUGUUCAAGAAUACAUUGAGACAACUGCUUUUGGAUUGGCACUGGAAACUUGGCAAAUUGGUUAAAAUCCAACAUCAAUCCUCCAAUUCAGAGGGUCUUCUUCUUGACCAUGUCCCCAACACAUCUGUGGAGCUGGGAAUGGAAGCCAGACGGUCACAAGAACUGUUUUGAUGAGACAUCUCCAAUUCAAGAAGCAUCAUACUGGGGAGCUGGAUCUGGUCUGGCCAUUAUGAAAUAGUUCAUGGUAUUUUACAGUAACUAAACAUCAAUGUUCUGGAUUAGAAUAUAAAAUGGAUCUUUGAGUACAUUGUUGAAUAUAGAAGCAUUGGGGAGGAAGGACACAAGAUUAGAGAUCGAGGAAUGAAUGUGCAACCUAUGGUAUCAUGGCAACGUCCUGUGGAGAUACCAUUAAGGUCAAAUACCGAUACAGCAAUACCACAGGGGCAAGGCAAAGCCAGGUUUGGAGUUGUCCUUAGGGAGUAGGAACUGUGACAGCAAAGUUAUAGGAGUUGCGCAAAAGAACUUGUGGGUUUCAAGGAUCAGUUCUUCAAGCUGAGGUUAUGGCUCUUGAUUUCGCAUUGCGUACGGGCAGAGAAUUUGGACACAGAAAUGUCAUCAUUGAAUCAGAUUGUCUUAAAGCCGUACGAGUAGCUGUGCCCAACGAUGAUUGUUAUCUUCCUUUUGGAGCAAUAGCGGAGGAAAUUCGAGCUAAGAAAUUCCAUUUGCUUUGUGUGUUUCCAGCAUGUAAAGCGUGAGUGUAACUUGCUAGCCCAUGGGUUGGGUUAGCUACAUUCCCUUCACCUUGGGAGGGUGUUUGCUAAUAAGGAAUGUAGAAUCAAGAUAUUUGAUACAAUCAUAUAAAAAAAUGAGUAAUUUUCCUCCUAUUGUCUUCGGUACGAGGAAAUUGAUCUGUUUGGCAGUGCUAACCAUACAAGAGAAGUACAAACCAAAAAUGCCAUGAACAAGUUGCAAUGUUUUUACCACUUAUGAAAGGGUCCUUUCAGUGGACUUGUCACUCACCAUGGUAAAGAAGAUUUUGCCGGCAAAAGCAAGAGCCCUGGAGAUGAAUCCAGCUACAUUGAGCAGCAACCUCUUCCCCAAUUACUUACAAAAGUUCCCAUCCGGCAUCACCUUCAAGUUCUGUUUGCAAAAUUUCGCAUCCCAUGGUUGUGCAGUUGUAGAUGGAAGAAGACUUUGCAUAGAUUCUUUGUUAAACUUAGACCCCAUUUCAGCAUCUCCAACCAAAAUUGCUAGCUGCUCAUACCCCUUGGCUAAACCCUUCUUUGCGAACUAAUAAAUAAUAAUUAGGGCUAAUUCACUGGCGAAAUACACCAAAUUGCUAGAGAACAAAUAUUCUUUUAUUUUAUCAACAAACUUAUAUAACCACCGAAAUUUAAAUAUGUUAAACCCUUAAUAUGAAAAUAAAAACAUGUUUCAAAUUGCUCUGCAUAAUAAAAAGUGUAGUAUCACCUAUGAAUGCACUAAAAUAUUCUUAUUUGGACUCUCUUCUUUAUAUUAUUUUAUUAAUAUAAUUUUAAUAAUCUCAAGCUUGAAAAAUAUAAAUCUCAUAGAAAAAUUCAAGGGAGGGAAAAAAAAAACCUAAAAACUGAUGCAAAAAAUUGAAACCUCUUGCUGUUAAAAAUAUUUAUAUAUUUAAUUAAAGGUACAUAGUUUU